AUGGUUUACACUGUUGCAGACUUCGACAAUCCCCAGGUCCGAGAGGCCGCCAACCCUUCCACUACCGGGGGAUGGCACUAUGGCCCAAUCCCCAAUGCUAAUACAAACUGGACUCCUCCUCAGGGAACUAUCACCCCCGAAAUUAAUGGCCAGGCGCCCAACCCCGGACAGAGAUUCAGUGGUGUCAACGGAAGGGUUUGCGAUGUUGCUGUUAAUGGCGACCAGAUGUGUGGCCGUUGCUUCUCCAGCAUGAUUGCGUACCGCCGCCAUCUUCGCCAGUCUCACCCUGGAGCCUCCACCAACCCGAACACCGCCAAUAUCAGCGACGCCGAACUGGUGGCCGGCCAGAACGCCCUUAAACGCUGGGUUCUGGAGAAAGGCUGGAGAAGGGCCAGGUACCUCCACGAGCCUGGACGUGGUCCCCUGGAUGGUCUCAUUAAUGAGUAUGCAGAUGCCUGUGAGCAGAUUGCCCGUACCAAUGCUUCCUUUCGUGCGGCAUUUGGAGACCGCUUCCACCGUGAUCCGAUCAUGCCCCCUUCCUCAUAUGGUCGUCGCAAGAGAAAUCGCGGUCCUCCCCCUCCUGCUGGCACUCCUGAGCCUGAGCCUGAGCCUGAGCCUGAGCCUGAGCCUGAGCCUGAGCCUGAGCCUGAGCUUGAGCCUAAGCUUGAGCCUGAGCCCUCCCGCCCGGCCAAGAAGAGAGCCACCAGGGAUGGUCGCAAGGACAAAGGCAGGGUACCCGCCAAAAGGGCUGUAGAGUGCUAA